CUUUAUUUCAUCAUCUAAAACCCCUUGGUUCACUUUCGUUUUUGUUCUUGAACAUAACUGAUAAGAGUUAGAAAUAUUUGCAAUUAAUGGAAAUCACAUGUAUUUAAUAUGCAGGAUGAGAAAGCAAUUGAAACAUCUCUACAGAACUUAAUCAGCCGUGUAGGUGAUAUAAAAAUAUCUCUGCAAAGCUUUCUGUUGAAGUUGGAGCAUGAAUCACUGACAUGGCCACAGGUGUUGGAUAAUUUUGCCUUGUUAUCAGGUCAAAUCAAUACGUUGAACAAAGUUCUAAAGAAUGAUCGAAUGCCAGUACUGCGAAAUUUAUGCAUUUUACCCAUUCUUGUGUCUCAGGAGCACGAUGAGGAGUUAGCAGGUUUCACUGAAAAUCGAAUACCUAUAUUUAACCAUGAAGUGGUCCCUGAUGCUAUGCGCACGAAAUAUGAACCAGAAGUUGAGAAAGAGGAGCAGCAUUUGAUUAUGCAAGCUUCAUCUAUUCAAAUUGAUGACGCUCAGCGUCAAGUAAGUAUGCUGAAUGACAUGGUAGCGACCCUGUUGGAUUUAAUUCAAGCAGAACGUGACGAUUGGGAUGCGGAGUCGGCAGUGCAGCAAGCCAACCUGGCACCAUCAGAAAAAGAUACUAAUAUAUUAAUUGCUGCUAUAACACAAGGAGCAGGUUUACGAAAGCGUCCUGAAUCUUCAGGAAGAAGUUCUUCGAAUCGUUCUCAAAGCAAACAUGGCCAAACACACCAGGGAAAUAGAUCAUCCACACCAAGAACAUGAUGAAAGGGGAAAAUGUCGUUAUAAAUUGUGUACCUGUCGAGCGACAUGAUCUUAAAUCAUGAGAAUUAAAAUAUCAAAGUGGACAGUAUCGCAAACUGAGAAACUUUAAGUAUUUUUUAUUUUAUCAAAUAAAUUAAUUUCAUUAUAUAAAAAAUUAUUGUUAGUA